UGUUCCGGUCUUGAAGAUCUAGCAAUCAGUGUCCGACGUUCACGGGGCAGCAAGACUGGAAUUGAUGCAUAUCGACUAUUGGGAUCAUUGUCGAACUUGCGCUUCCUAUCUCUCAAUCUGGAUGCAUCUGACAUGUCCAUUAUAUCGGUGUGUGAAACUGCGGGGAUGAAUACGCGAGAUUGUUCAUCAAUCACAGUCCCGGUGGCAUGUGCGCGACGCUUUAAUCAAUUCGGCGCUUGAUGAGCCUCUUGCUCGUACAAUCUUCAACAUGAUCUCGUCCACACCAUCUCUUUCAAGAUCCAAACUCGAGCGAAUGAACGUUCACACCUCAGGCGGUGGCGUUUUUACUACACAGACCUCACUUCAUGGAUUCACAGCCGUGGUUGUGAAAGAGCUAAGCCGUUCUUGGGUCCUAGAGCGAUUAAAAAGAGACGAUCAUAGAGAUGGAAUAAUCGCCCACGAAGCAAGUCAAAUUCAAGCAGGAACUUCGACUUCGGACACAAAUCCUUUCCGGUCUAGAGUCCCGCAGAAUCCAGAGAAAGAAGUUUUCCCACGCAUUUGGCCCUAUGAAGAAGAGACUGAGUGGCGUGAGGGUUGGUACAGCUUUCCCCUAAUGUCUGACUAGAAUGUGCAUAGAGCAAUCUGAACAUACGGAUAUCAGUGUGGCUCGUGACAGCUUCGAAAGGCGUCGCCAUACACUCUCAAUAGAUCGGGUAGAGUGUAUGAUCACUAAAAGCACACUCUCACGCUGUCAGUGAGAUAUCGAAUCAGACUCCGAAUGCUAUGUCAUGCCUGCGUCUAUGGCUUAGGCAUAGGGACUCGG